CGCGGCGGAACGGUAAAGAUCGCUCGCGUGCGGGACCCUGCAGAGAGAAUUACACCGCUGUUCAUGUGUGGAUAUACAUCACAAUAAUCACCACACACACACAUACACACACACACACACACACACACACACACACACACACACCCGAGGGAAAGUUAAAGAAAAACGGACCGGACGCACAACAAAUCCCGGGGGAGCUGUAGAAACAUCUCACAGCAAGCAGGACUCACCAGUGUGGAGCAGAACAGCCUGAAUCAGAGGAUCAUGACUGAAGUCAUCAUCACAGACCUGGCAACUUCCUGAAACAAGGGAUCGACCUAAACCACUGCUGCAGAGGCCACACCCACCCACACAACAGACUCCACCCACUACUGCAGAGCUGCACUUGGAUUGGUUCAUUCUUAACCUUCUCUACAUUUUCAAGUCUUUGUAUUCUCUUUAAGAUGAAAGAUUUUUGUGAGCUGCUAUUGGUCAGUUGGUUGGUGGGCGUGGCUUUGACGUUUUCUGAAGCCAUGGCCCAUGAUGCUCACCUUUUUUCCGCGCAAGCAUCACCCACUGACCCCUGCUACAGCGAAACAGGCUCCGCCCGCUACUGCAUUCCAGAGUUCGUUAACGCGGCAUUCGGUCAGGAAGUGGCCGUAUCGAGCUCCUGUGGGCGUCGUGGCUGUGAACACGCCCACCUGACAGAUCUGAACUCCGCCCAGAAUCUCACCUGCUGGCAGUCGGAGAUGCUCCGGUCAAUGCCGUUUAAUGUGACGCUGACGCUGUCUUUAGGAAAGAAAUUUGAAAUCACUUACAUUAGCUUGCAGUUCUGUUCGGAGAAACCGGACUCCAUGGCACUCUAUAAAAGCAUGGACUAUGGACGCAGCUGGACGCCGUUUCAGUUCUAUUCCUCUCAGUGCCGGCGAGUGUACGAUCGCCCCAACAGGGCGGAAAUCACCAAAAUCAAUGAGCAGGAGCCCCUGUGCAUGGAACUGCCCCAUAGCACCGACCCCAACAACGCCAUCCUCGUGUUCAGCACACUGGACGGACGACCUUCGAGGUCAAACUUCAUCUCCAGUCCUGUUCUGCAGGACUGGGUCACGGUCACUGAUAUACGUGUGACCUUCAACCGUCCCAAGAUGAGUAAAGACCUUCGAGAACCUGCCUACUUUUACGCAGUGUCCGAUUUUCAGGUGGGGGGCAGGUGUAAGUGUAACGGCCACGCCCACAGGUGUCUGAGGGACAAAGAUGGUAAGAUGGUGUGUGACUGCAAACACAACACUGAAGGACCCGAGUGUGACCGCUGCAAACCCUUCCACUACGAUCGCCCAUGGCAACGGGCCACGCCCAAAGAGGCCAACGAGUGUCUACCGUGUAACUGUAACCUUCAUGCCCGCCGCUGCAGGUUUAAUAUGGAGUUGUAUAAGUUAUCAGGACGGAAGAGUGGAGGAGUGUGUAUGAACUGCAGACACAAUACGGCCGGCCGACACUGCCACUACUGCAAAGAGGGCUACUACAGAGACCUGAGCCGACCAAUCACGCACCGCAAAGCUUGCACAGCGUGUGACUGCCACCCUGUGGGAGCUGCAGGUAAGACGUGUAAUCAGACGUCAGGUCAGUGUCAGUGCAAGGACGGAGUGACAGGACUGACGUGUAACCGCUGUGCUAAAGGCUACCAGCAAAGUCGCUCUCCUGUGGCCCCCUGCAUCAAGAUCCCCACUGUUAAUCCUACAGCACUGGUGAGCAGUACAGAGGGACCUGCAGACUGUGAGUCCUACUGCAAACCAGCCAAAGGCAACCUGAAGAUCAACACGAAGAAAUACUGCAAGAAAGACUAUGCUGUCCUGGUCAGUGUGUUGGACAUGGAGACGGUGGGGGACUGGGCACGGUUCUCGGUCAGCGUGGUGUCGGUGUAUAAGAGCAGAGAGGCGCUGAAGCGAGGUGAGAACACGCUGUGGGUGAAUAUGAAGGAUCUGGCGUGUAAAUGUCCACGCAUCCACAUGGGCAAACGCUUCCUCAUCCUGGGCUCAGGCAGGGGCGGAGCUGGCACAGAGAGGGCGGGGCUUACCGCAGAUAAAAACAGUUUGGUUAUACAGUGGAGGGACAUCUGGACACGCCGCCUGCGCAAGUUCCAGCGCAGGGAGAAGAAAGGAAGAUGCAGCGGUGUGGAACUCAACCCUGAGGCUUGACCUUUACCCCCAGUGUGUGUGUGUGUGUGUGUGUGUGUGUGUGUGUGUGUGUGUGUGUGUGUGUAUAGACUGUGGGUCAGCCUUCUGAAGGGACCGUUAAAAAGAACAAGACUGAUGCAGGAACCAUGAUCACUUCACACACACACACACACACACACACACACACACACACACACACACACAUGUGCUGCUCAGUUUUUAAACCUCAAACAUUCAUCAUUCUUAUGAGACUGAAGAACCUUCUAAAGCUUUUUUUUCUGUGUGUGUGUGUGUGUGCGUGUUGUACAGCAUGCUAGAGUGAACUUCACUAACACAGGAGGUAGAUUAUUUGUUGUCCUAACAUCCUUCACACCCAGACCUGUUCUGGUUAAAGAUCUGCUGUGUUCUCAGGAUCAUUCUGGAGUAUCUGGGACACUUUUCAGACCAAACCUGAUUUCCUGAAACGUUCCUGUAAAACAGCUGGGUUGUUAAAUGUGUUUGGAACGCCAACUGCCUCACUGUAGAACGCUUCCUUGAAGGAUGGCUGAACUGGUGACAACAUUCCAACAUCAGCUAAGCAGAACACUUCCAAAUGAUGAUAAAAUGCGUUCUAGAAUGUUUUUAGAAAGUUGACUCACUUUUCAAAUUCCAUUUAAAUGAUUAAGAACUUCUGAACUGAGUUCUAGAACAUCUUCAGAAUGUGACUCACAGUUGGAACAUGUUUAGAACAUUUACAGCUGUUCUCAGAAACAUAAUCUGAACUUUCCAAAAUGCAGCUACAACAUAUUUGCUCUGUCACCUCGGUUCUAGCACAUUGCUGAAAAAAGCUGAGCGAGUUCUACAGGGACUGAUGUGAUUCUAAAACACUUUCAGAUCAGGGCUUAAUCCUAUGAAAGUAUUUCAAUAAUUACCUGAGUGCUAAAAUUGCAGCUUUAGAACUUUUUUGAACAUAGACCAAGUUCAAGUUCUCCAACACUGUUACAGAACUACCUGUCAAAGGUCACUGGGGGUCUAGAACACUUUUUAAAAGUCAGUAGAGAGAGAGAGGUCUAGGACACUUUUGUCAGGGGUCUGGAUCAUCUGAAUGGCAUCUAAUUGUACAAUGUCUUUGGAACAUGAGUUGGGCUCUACCGUACCAUCGAGCUUUUACCAGUAUCUGGACUUUUAAUAAACAUGCAGGAUUCUAGAACGCUUCAAAAACCCUUUUCAGAAUUAACCGAGAGUUCUAGAACACAUCAGCUAUAUUGUUGAAGAUAAUAUUGUCCAGCUCUAGAAUCAUGUUCAUUUGGGUUCUCAAAUGCUUGUAGAUGUUCAGCAUUUUUUCAGCAGGUUUUUGCAGUUAUAGUUGGAUCUGGAUUUCCCUUGUCCCAUAGUAAACUCCAAAAAAGGAACCUGCAGCAGGAACACACACACACACACAUACACACAACUCCAGAUCAUGAACAGCUCUGUUAAGUGUUUUUGCAUUACUCCAGCCCUGAAGAACCAGAGCUACGUUAUGAUUGGAUUGCUCUGCGUCCGCAUUCGUCCCCCUGCACUGGCAUUGUACAGAAACUCACGUACUGAGCUGCAUUUAUUAUCAACUGACUGGAGAGAAAGUGUUGCUGUGUGUGUGUGUGUGUGUGUGUGUGUGUGUCUAAGGCUAUGUCUACACUAAUCUGGAUAAAUCUGGCAUUUUAGUCUAAAAACACUCCACGUCCACACUAUUGUUUUCAAACUUUUCCAAAACGUAAAAGGCUUCGACCCGCGUCUUUUCCCCUCCGCAUUUAUUUACUCUCCGGCUCUUUGAAACGUCUCGGAGGAAAGGAAAGAGUUUGUGAAAGUGAGUUAGAAUAUCAACCAGUUAUAUCCAAUUUCAAGACCAGAAUCCUGCUGAUGACGCUGCUUUGCCCCCCCACAGAACAGACGAGCUCACAAAACUCACAACAACAAAUUACUGUACCAUGUCCUCCACCAUCUUGGCUGAACUGCGUCAUGUGACUAAAAACACGUCAUUGUUUUCGAAAGCCUCCAUCUUCAGAGUCCACGCUGACAAAAUAGAGAAAAAUAUGUGUUUUCACACAAACUUAUUAGUGUGGACAUGGCCAGAGAGAGAGAGCGUGUGUGUGUGUGUGUGUGUGUGUGUGAAGUGACACACUUCCAUCACGCACAGUUUUAACUGCCAUGACCACUGACUGUUUAAUCUACGCCACAAUAAAUUAUUAGUUAAA